AUGCCCGAGUUUGGCAGCUUCGACAGCACGUCUACGAGGCUGCGGUUUGCCGGCCGCAACAGCAGCUGCAGCAUGCUCAUGGUGGCGAGCUCGCUGCUAGUGCUGCUGUCGCUGGCGGAGCUGCUGGUGCUGCUGGUGCUGCUGGUGCUGCUGCUUGUGCUGCUGGUGCUGCAAUUUUGCAGCAGCGCAGCGGAGCGCGCCGCCUGA